AUGAAACCAUCAGAAAAUUGGCGUAGCGUAUUCUUGCUUCCGCAAAGCACCAAAAAGAAAAAGAAGAAUAGCAAAGGCAACUCCUCGCCAUCUUCACCGAGACUUCACUUUCCAGAACUCCAGUGGGAGCCCAAGACAACAACGACGACGGCGGCACCGACGACGGCGGCAGAACGGCGGCACACCAUGUCUGGGCCAACCCCCCGUUCGAUGCUCAACGUCCAAAGCCCCGAUUCCGAUGUCUCGCCAAAGACUCCGAUACAACCCUCUGACCAAACAAAGACGGACUACUUCUCCAUUGAGUCUUCGUCGCAGGCGCAGUCGCAAAAGAAAGACGAGGAAACCAAGGCCAACGAUGCAGAGCCAUUGAGCCGUGCGACCACACUUUCGAGCUUCGCAAGCCCUUCCCCCCUCGAAAGCGCAACAGGAAGCUUCUCUGCCGAGUCGUCACGGACCGAAUCGUAUGGAGGAAGGCCGAGAGGAUCAUCAAUAGCGUCGCUGAGCUUUGCGCCAUUGCGGAACCCGUCGCUGCCGCAGGGCAACCAGAAGAAGACGAACAAGGAGCGUAUCAGGGCCUCAUCGCCUCCACCUGAGAGGCCGGAAGCCUCGGAUCAAGAGUUCAAUACGACGGCCACCUUCUCCGCAGCCAUGCCGCAGUUCCGGAAGCCUCCUCCGGGCGCCGACUCCAGCGUCAGGAUCGGGAUGGCGGGGCCGGACCAGUCGGCCAUCGGCGGCCUCGUGCCUGUUAUGGCACCCCAUAUUUUCCAGCAUCCCCUGAGCAUUUCAACCUUGAGGUCAGACGAACUUUUCAAGCGUCUCGCGGCAACUCCAGCAAACGCAUCUGUUUUUUACUCUGAGUCCAUGUCGCGUUGCGGUCCAUAUCUUGCCUCACUCAUCGGGCUGCAAUAUGCCAUCAGGAGGAUCACACGACACCUCAUUGAAAGCGACCUUGCCGGUUCUGGAUGA